AGACAUGUAAUUACUUUAGCAGAUUUAUUUAGCCACAGCCAUUAAAUCGAAUAAUUUCAGGACAGAGAAAUAUAAACUCAACACUUUAAUUAUAUUUUAGUAAAUUAACAUUCUUCUAAAAUUGUUAAAAUAAUACAGUAAUUUUGAUUGUCUUCAAAUUAACAUGUUUUAAAACUCUGCAUUUAUUACUUUAUUGACAAAUUUCCACAAAUAUUGACAUAUUUGCAUGUAUUUUCAACUGCAAAUAUGGAAUCCCAAUCAUAGAAAUAAUGUUUGCAAUAUUGCAAUUGAAAAUGACUGCUUGUAUAGUAUGUGGUGAGCUAUUAGGACAUUCCGUGUGCCAAUGAUGGAAUAUUAAAUGGACUUUAAUAUAUUUUUUUAAAUUAUGGUACAGGAAAAUGUUUUCCCGCCUUGGUUAUUUCAGGUGAUAUAAAUGAUCUCACACACAAAUAUUUAUUUGUUGAAUUGUGGUCAACAGAAAUCUUUUAGCUGUGACCUGGAUUCUUGCUGAUGGGUAUCGUGAUGAUCUCUGAGUUGGUUAAUAAAUGGCAGUGUGUUGGGGUGGGCCGCAAAUGGGAAACACGGGGUUGGUCAGAUGACCUCCAUGUAUAUAAACCGCUCAACGUGUCCCGAUUCAUCCACUGCAGGGGAAAAACUCCCAGCUGCAACUUCUCUCUGAAGAGCUCUGGAACGUGACGACAGAAAAUUACCUCAAGCAUUAUGGAACUGUCACUGGCUCACCCGGCUAUUAAAGCCUUUGUGUGUGGCUCCUUCAGCGGGACCUGCUCCACCCUGCUCUUCCAGCCUCUGGACCUGGUCAAGACCCGCCUGCAGACCUCGCAAAGUGGCAUGCAGCCGGGGUCAAGCCGGGUCGGGAUGACAUCGGUGCUCCUCGGUGUGGUGCGGACGGAGCGGCUGCUGGGUCUGUGGAAGGGCAUUUCUCCGUCGUUCGUCCGGACCAUCCCAGGAGUGGGAAUCUACUUCAGCUCCUAUCACUCCCUGAAGCAGCACUUCUUCCAGGACAGCAGGCCGGGAGCGGCGCAGGCCGUGAUGCUGGGAGGCGGGGCCCGGACCGUGGCGGGGGUUGUGAUGCUGCCGAUCACCGUCAUCAAGACGCGGUUCGAGUGUGGCAGGUACAGCUACGUGAGCGUGAGUGGCGCGCUGCGCAGCGUGUGUCGGAGCGAGGGCCCCACCGCUCUGUUCUCCGGCCUCAUGGCCACCCUGCUCAGAGACGUUCCUUUCUCUGGGAUCUACGCCAUGUUCUACAGCCAGGCCAAGGCCUCGCUGCCGCAAGAGAUCAGUUCCUCUUCUUCGGCUCCUGUGGCUAACUUCAGCUGUGGGGUUCUGGCUGGUGUUCUGGCCUCUCUGGUCACGCAGCCAGCCGACGUCGUAAAGACACAUGUCCAGGUGAACCCCCAGCUGAGGACGACGGAGGCCGUCAGAUACAUCUACACGGCUCACGGCCUCGAAGGCUUCUUCAGGGGAGCGGUUCCUCGGUGCCUGAGGAGGACCAUGAUGGCCACCAUGGCCUGGACUGUGUACGAGCAGAUGAUGGCGCACGUCGGACUCAAGUCCUGAAGGAAACACCGAUCAAAAGCUUGUGUUUAAAAGGGAUAAACGAAGAUGAAGUCUGGAGUGACGAGUAUGAAGAGGGCGGCCUCGGACGGGGGCGUUCAGUGACUCGGGACGGACGCGGUGGUCACGGUGCCAUGUUGGAAUUUUAAGGCUGAUGUUGAGGAAUCAGGCUUGGAAAUGGUGGGGAAAAAAUAUGUCUGUGAUGGAGACGGAGCCACGGGAAUUAUUAGUAAAAUAUGUUUACUAUUAUUAUUAACAUUAACUCAAAGACUAUAUUUAUCAUAAAAGUGAAUGCAAAAUAUUUAACUUUGAACACAAAUUUCUGUCAAACUCACAUGGUUUGUAGAAUAUGAAGAAGUAGGAUGAGAAACAAAUAAAUUCACAAACUAAAAUGUGAGGAAUGUAGAAAUGAGUCGGCUUUAUGUUAACACCAGGACCUCGUUUUGUGUCUGCGGCUGGCUUUCAGAGAAAGUCACAAUGACCAAGCCGAUUCUGUCUGAUCGUUUCGUUUGUUUUAUAAAAAUAAAUAAUCUGCUUUCUCUA